AUGUCGCUUCCGACUCCGACACCGCCUGUAUUUAGUGGUAAUAUUUUGGCCUACCCAAAGUGGACGUUAGCUUUCGAUGCCUUGAUUGACGGUGAAGCUGUAAACCCAGCACAUACGUUAUACUACCUUGGGGAAUAUACUAGUGGACAAGCCCAGAAAAUGAUUGAUGGAUUGUUGGGGCUGCAAUCUGAUGAUGCGUAUAAGAGAGCUAGGCAGAUAUUGCAAGAACGCUUUGGUGAUCCAUACAAUAUUUAUCAGGCAUACAAUGAAAGGCUUAAGUCAUGGCCAGUAUGCAGCAAAGCUUCCGAGCUUCAGGAAUUCAGCGACUUUCUGGUAACAGUGCAAGAAACUAUGAAAACAGUGAAGCACCUCAAGGACUUUGACACCUUUUCUGCUGUUCAAGACCUGGUAGUAAGACUUCCACCUUAUUACAGCAAGAAGUGGUUACAAAGUGCGAAAGCGGUUGAGCUUGUUAAAGGAAAGUAUGAUUUUAACGACCUAGUUGACUUUGUGCAAAAGGCAGCAAAGGAUGCAACUCAUCCAGUGUUCUCGCAUGAAGUUCUGUUAUCUAAGAGAAAGGAGUUGUUGAAAGACAAGAAGCAAGAAGACAAGAAUAGUUAUCACAAGAGAAAGUUUGGCUCAUUCAACACAAGUAAGUACAAUGAAAGCUCUGGUCAUAGUGAUAAGAACAUAAAUGAACUCAUGUGCCCUGCAUGUAGAAAGCCUCACAAAUUGGAGAACUGUGACAUAUUCCUAAAGAAGUCUGUAAAGGAACGAUCAGAAUUAGCUAAGUCGAAAGGGCUUUGCUUCCUGUGUUUAUGUCAUGGUCAUAUGGCCAGGAGUUGCAAAGAAUCCAUUAGAUGCCAGACUUGUAAGAAACCCCAUGCCACACUUCUCCAUUUUGAAUCCAAGGAGUCUAAGAACGGGAAUAAGAAAGAGAACGAAGAGUCUAGCAAAGAAAAGCCUAAAGUAGCUAAUCGUGUCGUAGUGUGUCAUAGCAAUGAUUGCAAUGAAGUAACAACAUCGUCUUUAAUACUUCCGGUAUGGAUAUGUCACAAGGACAAUCCUGAGAAGAAAAUAAUGACAUAUGCUGUUUUAGAUGAUCAAAGUGACACAUGCUUUGUAACGGACAGUGUUUGUGAUCAGUUAGAAAUUGAAGGACCUGAGACUGUGAUUGAGUUAGGAACAAUGCACGCUGUAGAAGAUAUCAGAACCCAGAAAAUUAGCGGUCUUAUUGUUUCAUCGGAAGAUAAGUCAGUAGAUGUACCUUUACCAAAAGCUUAUUCCCGUAAAAAUAUUCCAGCACGUCGAGAUCAGAUCCCUAAGUAGAAAUGGCGAUCAAUUGGAGUCAUUUGAGUCCAAUUGCCAAUGAAAUACCAGAAUAUCGUGAUGAUCUCGGUAUUGGUCUCCUAAUUGGUAACAAUUGUGUCGAAGCUAUCAAACCACGUGACGUUAUUCCCGGAAAACCUCAAGACCCGUAUGCUACUAGAACUGUAUUCGGUUGGGGUUUGAUUGGAGUAACAAACCCUGUUGAUCACCGCGAAUGCCAAUCAGACGGAACUAGAAUACAUUGCCAUCGAGUUACAACCAAAGAUAUCACAACCCAAAGUACCGGUUCAACCUUUGUAGAGCAAACCCAAGUAAAGGAAGUAUUGAAUCCUCACGAAGUGUUAAAGAUGUUUGAACAGGACUUUUCGGAAAAGAAGAGAGAGAAACCAAUGUCGUUAGAAGAUCGAAUGUUCCUGGAUAUAACGAAAAGAGAGAUUCACGUUACUGACGAUGGACAUUAUGAGUUGCCACUUCCGUUUCGAAACGACAAAGUUGAAUUACCGUCGAACAGAAAGCUUGCUGAAUCAAGGUUAGAUGGCCUUAAAGCAAAGUUCGCCAAGGAUGUCAAAUACAAAAGAGAUUAUAUGCAAUUUAUGGAUGAUAUGAUUAAGAAAGGCUACGCUGAGAAAGCUCCACAGACUGAUGGAAAACCGUGGUAUAUACCUCAUCAUGGAGUGUACCAUACACACAAACCCAAUAAGAUCAGGGUCGUAUUUGACUGCUCAGCCGAAUAUGAAGGUCAAUCAUUAAAUCAACAUAUUUUACAAGGACCUGACCUAACGAACUCGCUCACUGGUGUACUUUGUCGAUUCCGCGAAGAAAGAAUAGCGUUUACGUGUGACAUCGAAUCCAUGUUCUGUCAGGUACGUGUGAAUGAAGAGCAUCGCGAUUACUUAAGGUUCUUGUGGUGGCCUGACGGAGAUACAUCGAAGGAGCCCGAAGACUACAGAAUGCGAGUCCACCUAUUUGGAGCAACGUCAUCACCCGGAUGUUCCAAUCUAGCGUUGAAAACCACGACCAAAGCUGGUGAAGAAGAGUUUGGAACAGAUGCCACCUCAUUUGUCGAAAACUGUUUUUAUGUUGAUGAUGGGUUAAAGUGACUAAGUUGAUAAAAAGCAGCAUUGAAAUGUGCCAGAAAGGCAGAUUUCGUCUACACAAGUUUACUGCAAACAAGCGAGAAGUGAUCGAGUCCAUUCCCGUUGACUACCGUGCUACCGAAGUCAAAGAACUCGAUCUGAGUCACGAUACACUUCCGAUCGAACGAGUGCUAGGAAUGGAGUGGUGCAUCGAAAGUGAUUCUUUUCGGUUUCGCAUAACCUUAAAGGACAGACCACUUACAAGACGCGGGGUUUUGGCAACUAUAAGUUCCAUUUAUGAUCCCCUCGGACUCGUUGCCCCUGUUCUACUCACUGGAAAAAAGAUCCUACAAGCCCUGUGCAAAGAGAAUGCUGAUUGGGAUGACCCUCUGCCAGAAAAGCUUAGAAUAGAGUGGGAAAGAUGGAGAAAGGACAUUCAUUUGUUGGGAAACAUGAAAGUUGAAAGAUGUUACAAACCUGAGAGCUUUGGAGAUGUGAAGAAAACUGAACUUCAUCAUUUCUCUGACGCAAGCUGUGAAGGGUACAGUCAAUGUUCGUAUAUAAGAUUGGUUGAUGAUAGCGAUAGAAUCCACUGUUCGUUAGUUGUGGGCAAAUCUCGUGUGGCGCCACUGAAACAAGUUUCGAUUCCAAGGUUAGAGCUAACAGCCGCGGUUGUUUCUGUCAAAGUCAGCGCCAUGCUUCGAGAAGAACUCGAUUAUAAGAGCAUCGAAGAGAUAUAUUGGACAGAUAGCAAAGUCGUUUUAGGAUAUAUUAACAAUGAUGCGCGUCGCUUCCAUGUAUUCGUAGCUAAUCGCGUCCAACAAAUCAGAGAUCAUUCGUCAAAGGAUCAGUGGAAUUACGUUGAGUCAAAGUUAAAUCCAGCUGAUGAGGCAUCCCGAGGUUUAAAGGCCUGUGAUAUUGUGAGCGAUUCGAGGUGGAUAAAGGGUCCGUCAUUUCUAUACGAAGCUCACCAAGAUUGGAAUCAUUUUAACCAACCGGAUGACAAAGCAAAGCUGGAAACAGAUGAUGUCGAAGUAAAGAAAGUCACAACCUUUGCAACAUCUGUGAAAAAAUUCGCGGACGUGGUAGAGAGAUUAGAAUACUUUUCGAGUUGGCACCGAGCCAAGAAGACCAUCGCUAUUUGUCUUCGUUAUCGCAGAUUGUUACGUCAAAGGGUACGUAAGAAAAGGGAGGAAAAGGAUGUCGAGAACAUUGAGAAAGCAGCAACUGUUAUGAAACCUGACCAAGCUGUUACUGUGGAAGAAAUGAAUGCUGCUGAACGGGAAAUAAUCAAGGCACUGCAGAAAGAAGAAUUCAAACAGGAGAUAAGCUCGUUAAAGUCAAAACCCAAAGUCAAUGUCCCGGAAACUCAACGACGGCGAAAUACGGUAGCUAGAACUAGCCCGAUUGCUAAACUCGAUCCCUUUAUGGACGAACAUGGAGUUAUACGAGUAGGAGGAAGAAUUCGAAGAUCGAUCUAGUAUGGACGCUAAUAUCAAGCAUCCGGUAGUCUUACCAAAGAAAGCUCACGUUUCGAAGCUGAUAGCAAAACAUUUUCACCAGAAGAUUGAUCAUCAAGGACGAGGGAUAACUUGGAAUACGAUACGUGCUUCAGGAUAUUGGAUCGUCGGUUGCAAAGAUGUUGUAGCUAAACUUAUCAAAGAUUGCGCCGUUUGUCAAAGAUUUCGAGCGAGUGUCAAAGAUCAGAAAAUGGCAGAUCUUCCGAAAGAACGGGUUGAGACCUCACCACCAUUCACAUACAGUGCGGUCGACUAUUUUGGACCAUUCUACGUAAAGCAAGGCCGGAAAGAAUUAAAACGAUACGGUGUAUUGUUCACGUGUUUAGCCUCAAGAGCUAUUCAUCUAGAAGUUUCUCACACUUGUAAUGUUCGUGGUUUUGUAUCAAUAUCAAGCACUUUUAAGUAUAACAAUAGAUAUCAAACAACUUGUACAAACAGCAUAGUACGUAUCCAAUUACUUCCCGGUUUCCUAGCCUCGUGCUUCUAAAAUACUUAACUAACUUUCUAGUCACGUGUGUGCUAGUGUCAAUAAUGUCAACAUUGCAUCCCUCCCUUGA